GGCUUGAGAGACCCUGCGGCGGGACGAAUCCCCCCGCUUUACAUCGUUAUUAUGGUAGGAACCGGAGGCGUAGGAAAAUCAGCUCUAACUCUGCAGUUCAUGUACGAUGAGUUUGUGGAAGAGUACGAACCUACUAAAGCCGACUCCUAUCGGAAGAAGGUUGUUCUGGACGGAGAGGAGUGUUCGAUCGAUAUCCUUGAUACCGCUGGUCAGGAGGAUUACUCUGCUAUCAGGGACAACUACUAUCGCAGCGGUGAAGGCUUUAUAUGUGUUUUUUCCAUUUUGGAUAUGGACUCGUUUGAUGCCACAACAGAAUUCAGAGAGCAGAUUCUUCGUGUGAAGAAUUCGGAUAAUUCAAUUCCCAUAGUUCUUGUUGGUAAUAAAGCUGACUUACGUGAAGAAAGGGUGGUGCCGCUGGAGAUGGCCCGACAAAGAGCCGAACGAUGGGGAGUUCCCUAUGUGGAAACUUCAGCGAAAAGAAGAGAAAACGUCGAUAAAGUAUUCUACGAUCUGAUGCGUGAAAUCAAGCGGCGAAAAGGUGGCCCAAUGGGCAGUUCAGCUGUUGGCCUCGAUUCGUCACAAGCUGCAAACAAGAAGAAAAGAGGCAUCAAGAAGCAUUGCACCAUUUUGUAA